AUGCUGCAUGAGCAGAUCAAGGAGGAGAAGACGCCGGUGGCCGCCGCUGUCGUCCCGCCGCCGCCGCUGUCGGCCCUGCCAGGCGGCUUUCUCAAGCAGCUGGUCCGAGACUCGGAGAAGGAGACCAAACACAAAGAGCCAGAGGUCAAAGAGGAGCGAGUGCCGAGCAAACUGAGCGAUAACCUGGUGCAGCAGUUCCUGCUCCCGGACCAGACGCCCCCCAUCCUGGAGGCGGAGAUGGCUCUGCGGGCCGAGCAGAUGACCAACAGCGGCGGCGAGGAGGGGCGCCGCUCGGCGCUGUCGGACGGUGGCAGGUCCACCUCGUCGUCUCAACGCCUCAUCGUGACGCCCGAAUCCGACGGACCGCCGGCGAGCCGACGGACCGCCGCCGAGCAGCGGGUACAGGUGGAGGAGGAGAAGAGGAGGCCGGAGAGGAAGAACAAGAAGAUCCUGCAGGAGGAGCAGAAGGAGGAGCAGAAGGAGGAGAGGAGGCCCGACAGGAAGAACAAGAAGACUCUGCAGGUGGAGCAGAAGAAGGAGAUGCUGGUGGAGAAGAAGGUGGAGAGCAUGGAGGAGAGGCAGGAGCCUGAGGGGAGGCAGGCGGAUGUCACAGUGACGGAACAGCAGAGGAGGGAGGUGAGGGAUGUUUGGUACGAAGCAGGAACAGUGUGGUACGUCCACAAAGAUGGCUUCACCCUCGCCACUCAGCUGAAGCCGGACGAAGGGACCCCCGAGCUGCCGGCCGGCUGCGUGAGGGUCCGGCUGCAGAGCGACGGCUCGCUGCACGACGUGAUGGAGUACCAGGUGGAGAGGGUGAACCCCGCGGACUCGGACCUGUGCGCCGACCUGAGCGAGCUGCAGAGCGUGAGCGAGAGCGGCGUUCUGCACACGCUGAGCUGCCGGGCGCGAGCCGGCCUGCCGCUGACGCUCGCCGGACCCGACCUGCUCAACCUGUGGCCGCCGAUCCAGACCAACAGCAAGACUCCAAAGUCGCGGCGCGGGGACUCGGUGUGGGACGCCCCCCCUGAGCUGGCGGCCCUGGUCAAGCGGGUGUACGUGUCCACGGUGGGCGGGCGCCGGGACCACAGUGUGUGCGCGGUGGGCCGCAGCGGCACGGGGAAGACCACGGCCUGCCAGGCCUUCACGCACACGCUGCUCAAGCAGGCGGGGACGGCGGCGGCGGCCAACAUCAGCGCGGAGCGCGUCCACGCCAUGUUCACCGUGCUGCGCGCCUUCGGCUGCGUCAGCUCGCCGCACAGCGACGCCUCGUCGCGCUUCGCCAUGGUCUUCUCCCUGGACUUCAACCACGCCGGACAGGCCGCCGCCGGACACCUGCAGACCAUGAUGCUGGACAAGUGGAAAGUUUGUCAACCGACACCGGGAGAGAGCAACUUCCUGGUUUUCUCUCACCUGCUGGCUGGCCUGAGCACCGAGAUGAGGACUGAGCUGCAGCUGCACCAACUUCCUGAGUCCAACUCGUUUGGCAUCGUUCAUCCCACAAAGGUGGAGGAGAAGCAGCGAGCGUCCGUGGCCUUCACCAAGCUGCUGGCUGCCAUGGAAACGCUGAACUUCUCGGCCGGCGAGCAGAAGGCGAUCUGGCACGUCCUGGCUGGUAUUUACCAUCUGGGAGCAGCCGGGGCCUGUAAAGUGGGCAGGAGGCAGUUUGUGAGCUUCGACAGCGCCCAGGUCGCCAGCAGCGUUCUGGGCUGUGAGGGGGACGACCUCCACACGGCCGUCUUCAAGCACCACCUGAGGCAGCUGCUGCAGAAAGCCACCGGGGGCAGCAGAGAGCGGGGCAGCGCCGAGGGGGAGGAAGGCCCGAGGCUGACGGCGGCUCAGUGUGUGGACGGCAUGGCGGCCGGACUCUACGAGGAGCUGUUCACCGCCGUCGUCUCGCUCAUCAACAGGGCCCUGAGCGGCCAGCAGCUGGCGCUGGCCUCCGUCAUGGUGGUGGACACGCCGGGUCUCCGGAGCCCCCGGCACUCGGCCGAGGAGCGGGGAGCCAGCUGGUCCGAGCUGAGCCACAACUACCUGCAGGAGCGUCUGCUGGAGCACCACCACACACACACCUUCACACACACUCUGGACCGAUACGCUCAGGAGAACAUCAAGGUGGAGUUCGAGUGUCCGGAGAACAGCCCGACUGAGGUGGUCUCUGCCAUCGACCAGCCGCCUCCGCAGGUCCGGGCAGCAGAGGGAGACCCCAGAGGUCUGCUGUGGGUUCUGGAUGAGGAGAUGGUGACGCCGUCGUCCACGGAGAACAGCGCUGUGGACAGAGUCUGUCAAUAUUACAGCAGCAGCGUGCGGCAGUGCGAGCAGCCGCUGCAGUUUGAGCUGAACCACCUGAUGGGGGGCGACCCGGUCCGCUACGACCUGACCGGGUGGUUCGGUCUGAUCCAGAACAACCCGUCUGCUCUCAACGCCAUCUGUCUGCUGCAGAACUCCACCAUCGGGGCUGUGAAGGCCUUGUUCAGUCCCCGGAUCUCGCUGCCCCCUCUGUGUCGGGGUCUGGGGGGUCUGGAGGGUCUGGAGGGCGCCAGCCAGCGCUCCCUGCAGCGGAACGGCACCGUCAGGAAGACCUUCAGCGGCGGCAUGGCGGCCAUUCGGAGACACUCGCAGUGCAUCGCCGUGAAGCUGCAGGCCGAUGCCCUGGUGAACCUGAUUCGUCGAGCCCGGCCGGUUUUCCUGCAGUGUCUGAGUGCGAAGUGCGACGGUGGCGGUUUUGACGUUCCGGCUCUCAGGGUGCAGCUGCACUCCACCCAGAUCCUGUCGGCGCUGCAGCUCUACCGCACAGGUUACCCCGAACACAUGAGCCUGAGCGACUUCAGGUGCCACUUCCAGGCGCUGUCCCCACCCAUCAUGAAGCGCUACGCCUCCAUGUUCGUCAGCCACGACGAGAGGAAGGCGGUGGAGGAGCUGCUGGUGGAGCUGGACGUGGAUAAGAGGAGCGUGGCGGUGGGCGGCGGCCGGGUGUUCAUGAAGCGCGGCGUGCUGCGCUACCUGGAGCAGCAGAGGGACCAGCAGGUCACCGGCUGGCUGGUCCGCCUGCAGGCCGCCUGCCUCGGGCACCUGGCCCGCCAGAAGUACCGCCGGCUCAAGGUGCAGCAGAUGGCCGUCCGGUGUCUGCAGAGGAACCUGCGCGCUCUGAGGAUGGUGUCCGGCUGGAGCUGGUGGAAGCUGUUCUGCAGGAUCCGGCCGAUGCUCGACGUCAACAUGGACAACGAGCGGCUCCGAGCGAAAGAGGAUGAGAUUUCAGCUCUGAGACGACGUCUGGAGAAGUCGGAGAAAGAAAGAAAUGAGCUCAGACAGACCACUGACAGUCUGGAGACCAAGCUCACGGCAGUGACCUCGGAGCUGAGUGAUGAGCGUUUCCGUGGCGACGCGGUGGGCCAGGCUCUGGACGUGGAGCGGGCCGAGAGGCUCCGGCUCAGCCGAGACAACAAAGACCUGCAGGCUCGCCUGGACCAGCUGAAGGUCGCCAUGGAGACGGUGGAGAAGCAACUGGAGGAGGAGAAGCAGAGAGCCGAGGAGGCGACCGGGAGUCAGAGAGGAGCAGCCACAGAGAGCGAGCUGGCCAUGCAGCUGGAGUGCUGCCAGACCGAGGUGGAGUUCCUGCGCCGGCGGCUGAAGCAGACGGAGGAGAAGGUGGAGGCGGAGCGGCAGAUGCGACAGCAGCUCGACGCCAAGGUGGCCUCGCUGCAGGCCCAGCUGGAGCAGUCCCGGAGGAGCGCCACCGAGCUGAAACGCCACUGCCGCCGUGUGACCUCUGACCUGCAGGACGCCCGGGUCCUCACCGACAGCCUGCAGAGCCGCAUGCACGAGCUGGAGCGCAAACAGAGGAGGUUUGACGGCGAGCUGACUCAGGCUCUGGAGGAGGCCGAUAGCGAGCGGGAGCAGAAGGACAAGGCCCAGCUGGAGAGCACGGCUCUGGGAUUUGAACUCUACACCCUGAGGAACAGCCUGCAGGAGAGCCAGUCGGAGGUGGGCCGCCUGCAGAAGCAGAAGGACGAGCUGUGCGCUCAGAUCCGGGACCUCAGCCUGCCGGUGGACCUGGCCACGGACUCGCUGCCCGACCUGAAGAAGCAGCUGCGGCUGGUGGAGAGCCAGUCCGGCGAGCGGCUGGAGGAGAUCGGCCGGCUGAAGGCCAGGAUCCAGCAGCAGGAGCAGGUUCACAUGAGGUUUGAGAUGGAGCUGGAGAGGAUGAAGCAGAUCCACCAGAAGGAGCUGGAGGACAAAGACGAGGAGCUGGAGGACGUCCACAAGUCCUCCCAGAGACGGCUGAGGCAGCUGGAGAUGCAGUUGGAGCAGGAGUACGAGGAGAAACAGAUGGUGAUCCAUGAGAAGCAUGACCUGGAGGGACUCAUCGCCACUCUGUGUGACCAGGUGGGUCACAGAGACUUCGACGUGGAGAAGAAGCUGAGGAGGGAUCUGAAAAGGACUCACGCCCUGCUGGCCGACGCCCAGCUGCUCCUCGCCACCCUGGACAGCUCGGGGCAAACGGCGCCCAACGGCAGCAAGGAGCAGAUCGAGAGGCUGCACUUCCAGCUGGAGGAGAGCGAGGCGACUCGACUGGAGGCCGAGAGCAUCCAGAGCACGCUGUCGCAGGAGCUGGAGAACACUCAGAUCGAACUGGAAAACGUCUGCAAGCAGAAGAGUGUGGUGGACGAGCAGUUGGCGCUGCUGCAGCACGAGAAGGCGGACCUGAUGAAGAGGCUGGAGGAAGACCAGGAGGACCUGAACGAGCUCAUGAAGAAGCACAAGGCGCUCAUCGCACAGUCCUCCAGCGACAUUUCCCAGAUCAGAGAGCUGCAGGCCGAGCUGGAGGAGGCCAAGAAGCAGAAACACUCGCUGCAAGAGGAGCUGCAGCAGAGCGUGUCCAGGGUGCAGUUCCUGGAGUCCUCCACCGUGGGGCGCAGCAUCGUCAGUAAACAGGAGGCUCGAGUGUGUGACCUGGAGAAUAAACUGGAGUUCCAGAGAGGCCAAGUCAAGAGGUUUGAGGUGCUGGUGCUGCGUUUGAGGGACAGCGUGGUGCGUUUAGGGGAGGAGCUGGAGCAGAGCGCCCAGGCGGAGGCCCGGGAGAAGGAGAACGCCCGCUACUUCCAGCAGCGUCUGCAGGACAUGCGGCUGGAGAUGGAGGAGCUGAGCCUGAGGGAGCAGGACAGCGGCCGCCGGCGCAUGGAGCUGGAGAUGCAGGUGGAGGAGCUCAGCGCCGUGCGGCAGACGCUGCAGGCCGACCUGGAGACGUCCAUCCGCCGCAUCGUGGACCUGCAGGCCGCCCUGGAGGAGGUGGAGUCCAGCGACGAGAGCGACUCGGAGAGCGUGCAAACUGCUGUGGAGUCCCUGACUCGAAAGAAGGACCUCGACUCUGUGUCCAGCGUCGGCUCGGUCGGGACGGAGGACGUGGGGGAGGGGAUCCGGACCUGGCUGGGGGUCCCCAGAGGAGGGUCUCGUGGCGGCGGCUCUACCUACAGCGGCCACGGGGGGCGCCAGUCCGUCACCGACACCAUGAGCACCUACAGCUUCCGGUCCUGUGUGGACGACGACGGGUCGGAGGCGGGCGCAGGCGGCAGGGGUCCGUCCCGAGCUCCGUCCUCCUCCGCCCUGUCCGAGCUGCUGGACGGACUCCGGAAGCGCCGCGCCGGCGGCGACACGGCAGCAGACGGGGCGGGCAGCACCGUGUCUCUGCCGAUCUACCAGACCACGGCGGCCUCCGCCCUCCGGCGUCGAGCCUCCGCCAUGUCUCUGAGCCCGGAGGACGCCCAGGAGCCGCGGCCCGGCCCCAGCAUCCUCAAGCCGUCCUCGCCGCUGCUGCCACGCGCCACCAGCUCCCGCUCCGUCGCCGACUCCGCCUCCGGGGUCAAACUGUCCCGCUUCAGCUCCAGCGACUCGGUGGCUUCGCUGCCGUCGCUGCCGCGCCUCUCCUCCCUGUCGUCCUCCGCCGCCGCUCGCCACAACCCGCCGUCCCUGUCCAUCCCGGAGGAGGAUCCGGACGAGCCGCCGCGCUCCCUGACCACGUCCUUCCGGCGCUCCCCGCUGGCGCCGCGGCGCUGCAUGCUGGGCAGCCUGGUGGCGGAGGACGGGGGCGAGGGCUCCCUGGGGUCGGAGCCGCUGGUCUUCCAGAACCGCCGUCUGAACGACGACGCGGCGUCCGACAUCCUGCCCGCCAUCCGGAGGGCCCAGUCCACCAGCAGCCUGGCGGGCUCGGCGCGGGGCGGCCGCCGGGCGCUCAGCGUGCACUUCGGAGAGCUGCCGCCGUCCACGCGCAGCAGGCGGGGCUCCGACACCGAGUCGUCCAGCUCGGGGGGGUCGGCUGGGAGCUCGCAGGGCGGCGGGCCGCGGCGGAGGCUGGACCGGCCGCAGGGGGAGCGGCUGGAGGCGGAGGGCAGCGAGGGCGGAGACGUGGCCUCCGUCAUGAAGCGGUACCUGAAGAAGGACGUGGACUGAAGCAGCCUCCAGCUGAGAGCUCCCGCCUGCAGGAGACCCGGUCCACCUCGUCCAGCCUCGUUCAGCUCGCUUUUCAAACCAAAUCUGUUUGUACAGGAAUAAAAAACUCUUC